AUGCACAUAGAACCAUUAAAGUUGAGAUUGAAAAUCCCAACGCCAGGUGCCAGCCACCGUCGCAGCUGGGUGAUCCUGAAUCCCUUGAUUCCACUAGCAACUGAACAGAUCAAGCUGGCAUGGGGUUUCAAGAAAGAUCUCGAAACCCUCUGUAGAAGGUUAACAAUCAUUCAAGCUUUGUUAAGCGAUGCUGAGAACUGGAGACUAACAUCAACAAUUAUGUGCGAGUGGUUGAAGAAACUCAAGCUGGUAACCUGUGAUGUUGAGAAUGUGCUGGAUGAGUUUGCGUACGAAACUCUUCGAAGAAAGUUGGAGGUGCAAAACCAAAUGAGAAACAAGUUCUUAAAUGCUGCUAGUACUAGUGUUGAACCUAGAUAUUUGAAUUUUAGGCCGACUCACCCCUUUGUAGACGAUUCACAAGUUGUUGGAAGGGAUGGUGAUGUAUCAACUAUGAUAUACAUGUUAAUUGGCUCCUAUGAGAGUGGAGAUGAUUUAUCUAUCAUUGCCAUUGUAAGAAUGGGUGGGAUAGGUAAGACAACCCUUGCUCAGCUAGUUUACAACAAUAAGACGGUGGUGAAGCAUUUUGGUGAUCAAAGGAUGUGGAUUUGUGUGUCUGAUGAUUUCAUAGUUCCAAAGCUAUUAAAUCAGAUGGUACAAUCUCUUACUGGGGAUAAGUUUGACACAGAAUAG